UGAACCCAACACCUAGCAAUCCAGUCCUACAGUCUGUGGCCUCACUGCCGCAGAGGUGAGCCAUGGCGGCGUCCGCCGCCGCCGCCGUCGUGAGCCGGCUCGGGAUCAGAUUCCGACGGCUCUCUACGCUCCCGGAGUUCCCGCAGGCCGCGGCGGGUGCGCCGCCGCCUCAGCACCCGACCUCGAAGGACGCCUACUUCGCGGCGGUGCACCACCUCUCCACCAUCGUGCGGCGCGACUUCUACCUGGAGCGCACCCUGAACCGCCUCCGCCUCCCGUCCCCGUUCCCUCCCGACCUCGCGCUCCGCGUCAUCCGCGCCGCCGCCCCCGCCGCACCGCUCCACGCCUCGCGCUUCCUCGCCUGGCUCCGCGCCAAGCCGUCCUUCGCGGCCUCCGCUGAGCACUUCGACGCGCUGCUCCUCCCUCUCGCGCGCGCUCGGCUCUUCCCCCACCUAUGGUCCCUCGCCUCCGACAUGCGCGGCCUCGGCCUCCCCCUCUCGCCGGCCACCUUCUCGGCGAUCAUCUCCUCGUACGGCCACUCCCGCCUCCCCGACCAGGCCGUCGAGGUGUUUAACCGCCUCCCCCGAUUUGGCUGCCCCCAGACCGCGGAGGUCUACAACGCCCUCCUCGACGCGCUCUGCGCCAACGGCAACUUCGCCGGCGCCUACAAGCUACUCCGCAGGAUGGCGCGCAAGGGCGUGGCCCCCGACCGCGCCACGUUCAGCACCCUCGUCGACUCCUGGUGCGCGGCCGGGAAGCUCCAGGAGGCGCAGGCGUUCCUCGACGACAUGGCGAGCCGUGGGUUCCGCCCACCUGUGCGCGGCCGUGACCUCCUCGUCGACGGGCUCGUCCGCGCUGGGCGCCUGGAGGAGGCCAAGGCCUUCGCCCUCCGCAUGACCAAGGAGGGUGUCCUCCCGGACGUUGCUACAUUCAAUUCGCUUGCCGAAGCACUUUGCACUGCUGGUGAUGUGCAGUUUGCCGUGGCUCUUCUCGCCGAUGCUUCUGCUCGUGGCUUGUGCCCGGACAUCUCAACGUACAAGGUGAUGCUGCCAGCUGUGGCCAAGGCUGGCCUCAUUGAGGAGGCAUUUCGGUUGUUCUAUGCGGCUGUUGAGGAUGGUCACCGGCCGUUCCCAAGCCUCUAUGCAGCCAUCAUCAAGGCACUUUGUAAGGCAGGGCGCUUUGCAGAUGCUUUCGCUUUCUUUGGUGAUAUGAAGACAAAGGGGCACCCACCAAAUCGGCCUGUGUAUGUGAUGCUUGUCAAAAUGUGUGUGAGGGGCGGUCGGCUUGUGGAGGCAGCGAACUACCUUGUCGAGAUGAGUGAGGCUGGGUUCACACCACGGGCUCCAACCUUUAAUGCUGUAGUUGAUGGGCUGCGGCAUUGUGGGAAGCAUGACCUAGCCCAGAGAUUGGAGCAGCUUGAGAUGUCCCUGAAGGGAAAUUGAAUGGCUUCUUUGUGCAAGCUGUGUGGCAUAGCUGCUGGAUUUUCAGCAAACCCAAUUUAAUAUGGAACCUUACAUUAAAUCAGAAGAAGGGAAUGCGAUUAGUCUGUAAAAAGAGUAUUAAUAUAGGGAUGCUGCUUAUAUUUGCAACGUACAGUAUGCAGGUAUGGCUUGUCUGCGAUGUUUUUAUAGUCUUUGUUGAAUCUUAAAAUUUUGAUCACUGAUUUUGCUUCAGUUUUCCUGUGGUCGAUAUCAUCAAAGUUAUAGAAAUAAGCAAUUGAAUUUGGAAUGUAUCCAGAUGAAAAUGCCACAUAAGUUUAUGCUUCAUGAUCCAAACAUAAUUAUAUAUGUUCAGUAUUUUGGUGUGAACUAUACAAUAUAUUUUUAGUAGCUCAAAAGUUGGAUGCAUGAUGUCCAUCCAAUGAACUUUUUUCUCGAACACGCAGGAGAUCUGUGUAUCUGUCCAUUCAAUGAACUCGAUAGUUUGAAUUUCUAUUGCCUUCAUCUGUUUACUCACUACUGUUGCCUGUUGGUAUGCUGCAAUUGGUUUAUGAGUCCCUUUUGCAAUAGACCAGUACUUUUCUUUGGAACUGAACUUAAAUGAUCCUACCUACCUCCUAUUUUUAAAUCAUAGUAAAGGUUGAUGUACAGCUUCCCUGCUUUGCAAAGCUUCCAUUCUUUACUUCUAUCAAACUUCCUCUUGUUGGCAAUCUUCAGAUUUAGCUUAGUGAGAAUCUCAUUUAUUAGCGAAAGGGCCUCUAGCCUAGUGGUUAGAGCGCCUGAGUAGCACCCAGCAGAUCCAGGUUCAACUCCCAGUGGGAGUGAAUUAAACGGGGCUGUAUUAAAAAAAUGUCACUUGCUGGUUCCCCUGGUCGGCAUGGGUGAACCGACCUAUGGGGGGCGAGGCCCUCGUGUAACGGGCUGGUCGUGGGUUGGGCCUCAAAGCACGGGUAAAGGCCCGAACCACAGGGGGCGGCAUCUCCAUGUAUGAGGUGGGCCAGCUUUCGUGACCUUUCUCGGCCGGGCUCAGGUUGAGCUCUUAGUGUAAUACUGUGGGGGCAGUCUUUCCCCCAGCGGCUGAGUUAGAAUCUCAUUUCUUAUAUUAUGAACUUCUCAUCUUCUUGGAAUUGUUGUUCAGAUAUGGCUUAGUUAGAAUCCCCUUUACAAUGCUGAAUUAUUCAUAGUGUUGGCAUUUUGUUUUAGAUUGGCCUUGGUUACAUCCAGUGCUCAAAUUAAUUACAUUUAGUGGAAAAUCGACCUCCAACAGCAUUGCUGGUACCAUGCAAUGAGAAAAUACCCUUAUUGACUUAGAUGUCUUAUAAGCUAAGCCAAAGUGACUCAAAAUUGAUGAAUUUGAUGCAUUACCUUCAUACAUAGAACCAUUGGCAUCCAACCGGACUAAGACUAAAUGAUUCAAUCACAUGUGCUUUCUAUGGAGUGUGGAGAAAGAUAAAUAGUUCCUGUGGGAGAUGACUUAAAAAGAGUGAAGUGGAUGGGAAAGAUGAGUGCUUAUCUACUGCCUAUACUAAUCUGCCUGGGAUCGGAGCAAUUCUAGGCACCAUAAUCCUGUUCGUGGGUCCCACAGCUUCAAUAGUUCAAAAGAAACUCCAGAACUCUCCGCUUCUCUCCUUGUUCUUCCUGUGUGUGCACGCCCUACACUGCCCCACCAAUUGCGCGGCCUGGCUGAAGCUGGUGGGUCCCAUGUGCUGUAUUGUUUUUUUUUCCGUGAUGCCAGCUUUUGGUUCUUGAUUAUUUUUACCAAUCUAUCGUUAAAUUGUGACACUGUAACUACUAUGAACCUUGCAAUGUGUUAGAGUUUUUGAUUUUUUUCUACAAUCUAUUGUUAUCCCGUGAUAUGAUAACUACUUUUUUAUUUUGUUUCUUCAAAUAAAAAGGCAUCUUACAGGUUUUUAUUUCUUUUUACGAUGUGCCGUUGUAAUGUGAUAUUGCAGCUAGAUUUUCGAUUUUGUUUCUACAAAUAAACAUAAUUUUACAAAAUAAUUCUAAUUAUUUAUAACUAAUUCCUUUUUCAUUUUUUUCUAUCCCAAACAUGCAUCAAUGCAACAUAGGUUAAACAUGUAAAGAUGAUGAAUUCUUCAGCAUUAAAAUAUUAUACGACACUCGAAAAACCAAUGCGACGUAUAGCUAAUUUGGAGUGCAGUUCAAAUAUUGUCAAUUAAUUUUUAAUUUUGAUUGGUUUCUUGAUCUAAUUAAAUAUAUCAAUAUAAUAGUAUUUUAACACCUAAAAAAAUUUAUAUAUGCGCGCCAUUCGGACUAGUUCUGUCUAAAUAUUCAAUAUUCAAUCUGGUUUCGAGUUUUCGAUGUCCAAAGCAGCUAGGUGUGUGUUGGUUCCAUGGUUGUAAGCUGACUGCAGGUAGCCAGGUGGCUCAGAACUUGGAUGUUCAGAAAAGAAAAGGAGAUUGUUCUCAGAAGUUCCCCAUAAGAACCUUUAUCAUAUCAUGGUUAUAUUAGUAACAACACAUUGCAUUGUGCUGCAAAUGUGGGAAGUGAAGGAUGUUGAAGGCAGGUGUUCAGCUGUAACAGAAGACAACGCAGGAACAUGGGGGAAAUAGAAGAUGUGAUUCCAGAUACAAAUAGUUCAUUGGUGGCCGAUAUAAAGGACAGGGGAUGCUGCAGACUGCUUUCAUGUUGUCUCCAUAUUCUGUCAGAAUUGCUCUAUCUGGCUGGUAGAUAUAUAGUCUCUUGUAAAAUUCUAGUGGUUAGCUCAAAUUGUAUCAGACCGUUCUAACUUUUAAACUUUCAUCCCAUGGAAUAAUUUACAUUCCUAUAUAAUUUAAUGGUUAACCUCAAAUAUAGAGUUAUUCAGUUUUC